AUGACUACAUUUAGUGAAGAAUUAGAAAUAAAUAAUUUAUUAAAUGAAGCCUGUUUUUACCGCAAUCGUUAAGAAGAAGACGAUUCAUUUAUUGAGAAAAGCAUAAACUGUAUAAAAUUAGCAGAUUCUAAAAUAAAGAGUAACAUUCGUGAAUCAUUUAUAAAUUUAUCAUAUGACACAAUAAUAAAUUUUUGUGAAAUUGCUUUAACAAUUCCAAAUCAAGAAAUUCUUUCUGAAUACUACAUCGACUUAUUUUUUUAAAGAAAUAAAUCUAAAGGAUAAAUGUGCAUUCGUGCCCUUUUAGUAAAAGCACGCUUAAUAGCAUUAAACGGUCACAAAAUUUAUUUAAAAGGCGAAGAAAUGGUUCAAAAUAUACAAAAAGCGCUUUCUUAUACAAAUGAAGCUCUUGAAAUAAUAAAAAAUAGUGAUAAAACCAAAUACUCAUUUUUAAUAUACAAUGUUUCUGUUUGUAUAUAUAACAUAAUAAGAUUUUUAAUAAAAAAAAAUUGGUCCAAAUAUUUUUCAGAAAUCAUCAAAACAUUAGAUACUUUAUUUGACGAAGUAGACGAGCCUGAUUAUAAUUGGCGCUGUAGAUAUACAUGGUUACUUUUCUAAUGUUUAUAUGACGCUGAUAAUAAAGCUGAUGCCUUAAAAGUAUUAGAUAAAUUAUGGGAAAAUACUAAAAAAAAGGGUCCUUGUAAUUUUUAAGAAUCCUUAUUUAGACUAAGAGUACAUUUAUGUAAAGAGAAUGCUGCGCUAGUAAAUAAUAUAAAAAAAGAUGUAGAAACCGGACCUCCGAAAGCCGGCGAAGAAGAUAAAGGCUGGCGUUUUAUUUUAACUUUAUAAAUGUUAAAAAGUGGGGUAAUUCCAGAAGCAUAAGUUGAAAAAGAACUUGUAACUCUAAUUUAAUAAUUAAGUGUGCAAGUAUUAAAUCUUAAUGAAGGUUAAUAGAGUUAAAAAUUAUCUCCUAUGAUAUUGGAAAGAAUAGCCGAAAGUGGAAGAAUAGCUUUGUAAUACAAUUUAUUAGAAUUGGCAGGAAACAUAGUAUCAUUUUUAUCAAAAUAGCGAUAGCCAUAAUAAAAACAAUAUGUCCUACAAGAAUUAAAUAAGGCUGAACUUUUAGUAAAAAAGCCUGGAAAUUUAAUCGACAAAAAAAGUGGAAUGAAACUAAAUAUUGUAUAAUUAAAAAUGUAAUAAAUAGAACGAAGAAUCAAUGCUUUAAGAAUGGUCGAAAAGGCAAUGCACGCAAUAGAAAAUAAAAACACAAAAACAUUAGACCCUGAUCUAGUUUACGAAUGCGCAGUUUUAAUCUGGAAUCUAGGUAUGCCUUUUUUAAAUGAUAAUUAAAGAAAAUAAGUACAUAAGGCAUUCUAAACUGCAUGUUAUUAUUUGGAAAAAAUACAAAGCAAUGAUCAUUAAUUGAGAGUUUAAUUUCAUUUAGAAUUAGCAAAAUGUGAAUUGGCUGAAAACGGAAUUUUCCAAGCCAGUGAGCAUAUAAAAUAAGCUUGUACACUAGAUUAUUCUAUUCCAAGUGUUAAUGUUAAAAACACAAAUAAAAUAGAUGAUGAGGAAGAUAUAGGAUUAUAUUAGAGACCUCUUGAGAGAUAUAUAAAGAAUUUAAGAGAUAGUAUUAAUUUGAAAUAAAAUUCAAAUGCAGAUCCCCAAAACGUCAUUGAAAGGGUAAUUUUGGACCUCGAAAGUGCUUAAAAUUCUAAAAAAGAAAGUAUGAAAAUAGACAUUUUGUAAAAAAGCCUUAAUAAUUUAAUUCGUUUAAAAGAACCAGAAUAUUAAUUAAACCCAAAAAAAGAUUUAGUAGAGGAAGAAAUACUAAAAGAGAAAAUAAAAUACAAAUAAAAUAAUCUUUAUAAUUAUAAAUAAAAAAAACUACUAGUAGCUGAAAUUGCAUCUUUAGCUUUUGAAUGGGAAUAAGAUGAAAUCAGCUAAAAGGCCUGUUCUUUUGUAAUCGAAGAUAGUUGGGAAACUAAAAAUGCUGAAGAAAUGAUAGUGGCAUAAAUUGAGUGCUAUUAUAUUUUAGGAUAAAUAUAUAUAGAUAAAAUCGAAUAAGAAAAUAUUCAAGUUCCGUUUGUGGAUUUGGUAAAAUUCGAUGAGGAAGAAUGUGAAACUGAGGAAAUAACAAAUAUGAAAAAUUCUGAAGAAUAUAAAAACAAGCUAUUAAGUGAGAAGAGAAAAAUAAUUGAAUACUUCCUAAAAGGAAUGAAAUUGGCAGAGUCAAUUAACUAAAGUUGGCUUGUAUUUAAUUGCGGUAUUUAUAUAUGGAAUAACUUCCUCCAAGUCUUCAAAAAUCCCCAAAAUGAUAGUAAAUUACUUCCUGAACUUGUAAAUUUACUAAAGGAAAUAAUCGAAAGUAUGAAAAACAUGUUAAAAGAAAUCGAAAGAAAAUAAAUAAUUGAUUACGAUAAAGAUAGCAAAAUUUCUAUAUUAUCUGAUAUUGUAAUAAAAUAUGCCAAAAUAAUGGAAUAGAAGUCUAGUUUUGACGAAGUAGCUAGAGUUUCUGAUAUUUUAUUAACUUUUCCUUUACCUUCUCAUAUUAAAAAACUUGUAAACUCAAUCAAAGCAAGAACUUUAGGCUUAGCCAAAACUGGAGGAGCACCAGCUUAAUAAAAAGCAACAGAUAAAAAAGGAGCCAAAAAUGCACCUAAUAAUGCACAAUAAUAAGAAACUGGAUUAUCUUUAGAAGUUGUUUUGAAUGAAAUUGUUUAAUAAAUAGAAAUUGUUACAAACGCUUAAAAAGGUCCAUAAAAUUAAGAAUUAAUAAAAAAAAUAUUCGAGAGUUUAAAAUAAUGGAAUGUAAAGGAAAACGAUGAAACUGAAUUAGAAUUACAUGCAGAACUUUGGACUAGAUUAGCCAGAUUAGCCUUAAAUGAAGAAAAUGUACUCAUGUACAAAUACUCAUUAAAAUGUAUCCAGAACUGUUUAUAAAUAAUUAAAGAUAAUGCAGAUAUAAGUAAUAUCCCAUCAAACAGAUUACGCUGGUACUCCUUAGCUGAAUACAUAUAUGCUGAUAACCUUAUGAGAUUAGUAAAUCCGGAAUCCUAAGAGCCUUAAAGUUAAGAAUAAUUAUAUUUUAAUGUUCUUUAACAUGCUGUAGAGGGUGUAAAUAAAGGCUAUAAAGCAAAUAUGAACUCUCUAGUAUUAGAUAAUGCUAAAAUGGCUUGGAAUGCAUGCUGUAAAUUACAAGAUUCAGCGAUAAAUAGAAAGGCGAUGUUAAAGAACAUUUUUUCGACGAUUUUUUACUUGAAAAAUUUCAAAGAAAAAUCAGAACCGGAUUUAAUUAUUUUAUUUUCACAGCUUUUAUUCAAAAGUGCUUUGGAAAAUGAAGAAUUUAAAUUAGGAGAAAGCGUUGCAGAUAUGGUUUUUGAGUUAAUUCCCAAAAAUAUGCAAAAACCUAUUUGGGAAGCAAAAAUGAUUUUUAUGAGUAAGCAAGGAAAAAAUGAACUCUAGGCAAUUUCUAAUAUGAAAGAAGCAGAUGCAUCUUUACAGGCAAAAGUUUGGAUUAGAUUAGCGAGAAAUUCAAAUAUUUUAUUUAAAUAAUUUCAAGCAUAUACUAAAGCAGUAGAAAUAUUGAAAAAAGAAAAUUCUGUAGAAAUCGUUGAAGUCUAUAUUGAAUUUGCUGAAUGGUAUUUAAGAAAUUAAAAUUAAGAUAGAAGUUAAAUUGUUAACUAGUUAUUUACUGCCGCAGAUACUCUUAUUAACAUAGAAAUAGACGAAGAAGAUGAAGAUGAUGAUGAAGAGGAUGAAAACGGGCAUAAUAAAGCCGGAAAUUCGACCAUAUUUUCACGAUCUACACGCGGUAAGAAGUCUGUAGUAUCUAAAAAUUCUAAAAAAAGUAUAAAAGUAAGCCAAAAAGCACCUUCUAGAAAUAUACAAGGGUCCAUAAAUAGGCCGUCUAAUAAAAGUGUGAAAUCACGUAUGACAAUGAAAAGUUCCUCUCGAAAAUAAUAGAAUCGGCCAAAACCUACGAAAAGUAUAUUCACAGUUAGAGAAGAAGAUGCAAAUCCUGAAUAUUUAAAUUGCGCACAUUUCGAAAGAUUAAUGAGAAUUCAUGCUAUGUUAGCUAUGGUAAGCUAAAAUCAUGAUGAAUAAAUCCAAUUUUGUUUAGACGCAAAACUUUUUUUGAUUAAAAUUGUAGAUUUAUCAUUCAAAACUUUAAAUUAAAUUGAUGAAUAAGCUUUUAUCAAUAAUAAUACUUAAUAAUAGUAAAAUUAAACUGCAGCUGGUUAAUAAAAUAUUAAACCAAAAGGCGGAAAAGGAAAUGAUUAAUAGUAAUAAUAAGAUAAUAUUAAUUAAUAAUAAUAAUAACAGUUUGUGGGAAAAUAUGUACUUCCGGAAACUAUUGAAGAAUGGAUUAAAUUAAGCUUUUCAAAAGAAUUUUUAGAAAAAGUAAAGAAUGGGGAAGAUUAUAAUAUAAUGUGCAAAUUUUUAUUCGAAAAAGCCGAAAUUACUUACACUUAUAUAAUUUAUAUUUUAAAAUUUUUAGAAAAUGCCGGUUUACAUACUCAUUGCGUAAGUUUAUUAGUAUUUUUGAGAUUUUUUACGAAAGAAAUUCUAAACAAUAAUUAUUUAAGUAUUUUGGCAGAAAUUAAAUUCUCUAAAAUUUUAUAUUAAUUAGGCUAUAAUUAAGAAGCUGAGUAAAUAUUUCAGAAUAUAAAAAUUUAAAAGCUUUCUGAAUAAGAAAGAAAAUAGUAUUUAUAAAAAACCUAAUCAUCAAGAAUUGUAAUAAAUAAAAAUCCAUAAAUAUAAACAUAAGAACAACUAGAAGAAAUAAAAAAACCCUUUUUAAUAACGUAAAUUCCUAUCUAUGAAGCCUGGCUUUAAUUAGCAAAGGAACUUUACUACUUUGGAGAACUUUUAAAAGCAAAAGAUUUCCUCUAAGAAGCUUUAAAGCAUGCCUAAAUAUUAGAGGAAAGCAGAAUUUUGGGAGAAAUAUAUACUUAUUUAGCUUCCAUAUAUUAUUUAGAAGGAGAAUAUGUACUUUCUUUAUAAACACAUAUGCAAGCUCAUCAUUUUAUUAAUGAUGUUUUUUUAUGGUAAAUUUCGGUAAAUGAAACUUGCAAAACAUUAAAAAAAUUGAACAAAUUUGAAGACAUUAAAAAUUUCUUGAACCACUUAAUUAAUUUAUACAAAGGUUCUUUAGAAAUGCCUUAAAAUAGUUGCAAUUUGAUUAAUAUAUGUGAAUUAUUAGGAACUUUAUAUCUCUAAUAAUUCAAAGUGCACCUCAAAGAAUUAAAAAAGGAAUAUUCAGUAGAUUUACUUAAAAAAAACUUCGAAUAUUUGACUAAUGCUAGAUCUUUUUUCAAAAAAUCCACAGGAAUAAAUAUAUAAUAACAUCAAUAACUAUUAAGUAUUUUAAAUAAACUUGUAGUCUAUUGUGAAUAAUUGAAUCUUUCUGACAUUUAAAGUGUAAAUGCUUGUUCUAGAAUAAUAGUGAAAGUCCAAUAAGUACUAAUCGAGAUGGACGAAUAUAUAAAAAACGUUUUAAAAUAUUCUCUUUUAUUAGAUAAGGAAUCAGAAUGUUAAAAAUCUCCUCUUUUAAACAUACACACAAAAACAAGAAUUUUACUUGCUCAAACAUAUAUUUUAGGCGGAAUAGUUAAAAAUAUUAGACGAAAAUUUGAAAUUAAGACAGGAUAAUAAUACUAAUAAGUGGAAGAAGAAGAAAAUAACUAAUAACAAACAAAUAAUAGUAAUAAUAAUACAGCUUAGAUAUUAGAAAUGUAAGAACCUAUAAAAACUUACCUUUUAAAACUUUAGAGAAAAAUAGAAUUAUAAUUAUGCGCUAUUCCCCACCGAUUAGAGUCUUUUGAAAAAGCUGCGGCAAUAUUAACUGCUAUAAUAAACAAAGUCCCAAAGGAAGACCCAGAAUUUAUAUAUGCGAAUAUCGAACUUUGUAGAGCUAAGCGUUUAUAAGCCGAAUAAAAAAAACAAUUGAAAUAAAUAUGGUAAUCAUUAGAUUAGUAAAACGAAAAAGAAGAUGAAGACGAAGAUGAUGAAGAAGAAGAAUAAUAAAAAAAUGAAUUCUAAUUUGAUUAUAAAACAGAUAGUUUAAAUACUAUUAUGUAGUUUUUCGAUAACAAUAAAGAUAAAAUAGAAGAAAAUCAAAAACAUAUGAAAAAUUAUUUUUAUUAUCUGUCUAAAUUCUCAUAUGAGAUUGUUGAAAACAUAGGAUCUUUAGAAAGUAGAAAAGCCUUUGAAUAUUUAACUAAAUUUCAACAUUAUUAAUAUGUCUAGUUUUUAAUUUAAUCACUAAAAACCUCCAUGAAAGGAGUUCAUAAAUUCGUCACUUUCCCAAGACUUUUAAACCACACAUACAAAAAUUCAAACUAUUAAGAUGAGAACAUAAAAAAAUAACUAUAAUAAAUGAAAAUAUAUGAUAUUAUUAAUAAAUAAGAAUCAUUUUAAGAUAUUUUAUAAAAAACAAUACCUAAUAUGUCAUCUCAUAUACUAUUAUAAAACUCACUUGAUAAAAGAUUUAUUUAUGCUUCAAUUUUUAUUACUGGAAAAGACAGAAAUUUCGAGUGUAAAAUUUUCAGGAAAAGCAUGGAACUAGAAGACUAAAUUCUUCUCUAAAAUUUAACUAACAAAUUUAAUCUUAUUAAAUAAACACUAGUAAAAACUCCCAUAAUUAAUGACAAAGACUACGAAGACUUAGUUUCUUAAUAAGAGAUUGAAUAUAUACAAGUAGUUUAAUAAUUAGAAAAUUUCUUUUCUUUUUUCACCAGUUAAAUAGAUGAUAUAAUCAAUAAGCCACCCCCAGAAAACUUAAUUUAAGAAGAACCUGCUUAAUAAAAAGGUGUUAAGAAAGAAGCUCCUAAGAAAGAAAAUAAAGCUCCUGCUGCCAAAAAAGGAGGAAAUAAAGAUGAUGGAACAAUUCUUUUAUAUGAAAGUCCCUUGUAAGGUUCUCUAGGUGGGAUUUAAUCUCUUACAUUUUUGCUUGAUUUAGAUUAUUUUGGACUUCCUUUACAUACAUUUAAUGUAUUUAAAUAAAUACCAGCAGUAUCUCGAGAUUUUUCUUUAUAUUUACUAUCCAGAAGAUAUAAAUCAAUAAAUUUUCAGCCAUAAUUAUCUAACAGUUAAGGAAUUUAACGCGAUAAAUUAAAAUAUAUACAAUAUUCAUUCAAAAAAGACGAAAACGAGAAUCCUUUAUAAAAAAAUGAUAUCGAGCAACUUCUUUUAGAAAAAUAAAAAAACAAUCCCUAAUCAAACUUAAAAUGGGAAGGCGCAUCUUCAAAUAAUCGAAUAGCAUCUAUUGGAGAAUACUAAAAAUAUUUCAAUUAAGGAAGUUUAUUAUUAAUAUAUGGAAAUGCUCCAAUUUUAAAUGUACUUUCUCCUAAAUUACUUAUUGAAAGUGUUGAAAUUUCAAAUAUUAAAUCAGUUAUAGUCUUAGAUAAAAUAAAUGUAAGAAAAAAUUUGAUUGAAAAAACUUCCUCUUUAGAUUCUGAAGGCGAAAAAACACCACUUUUAGAAUAAUUAAUUAAAUUUAACUCACUUAUGACUUUACUUGGGGUUUCUUCGGUACUUUGUAAUUAAUGGGCGGUCGAAAGUAAAUAUAUGCCAGUGGCUGUUGAUUCGUUUGUUUAAUAACUUUAAGAUGAAAUUUAUUUUGGGGCUUGUUUAGGUAAAUUUAAAGAGCCAUAAGUUGUUUUAGUUGAUAAAGAUGGGAAAGAAGUCAGUGCUUAGAAAAAAGAAGAAGGAGUUAGAGAAAAUAAAAAAGGAAAACCGAUUACUCCACCAAUUUAAUAAGAAUAAUUAUAAGAAAUUCUAAUUCAUAAAAAAAAAUUAGUUACUGAUAAUCUUAUUUUUAUUGGAGUGCCGGUAAUUAGACUAGCUUGA